CAAGACCACUGGCAACUAUGCCUCCUCCCCUCGAUUUACUACUAGCUCACUGGCACUCAUUUCGAUGCGUCCUCAACACAUUCGUACAUGGAUUUUGACAGCAGACUCUUGUGCUGCCCGAGGCGCCCUGUUUAAGUGAUUUCUGGCUACCGUGAGUUAACACAAGUCGCGCAAGCACGUCCGCGAGCAUACCACUAUCUCAGUUUCGUGGGUCUAGUAUUCAGCCCUCUGCAAUAAUGGCUGGGCUUGGUCCUAAAAGACUAGGCAAGGAGUUGACCAAGAUCACGAACAACCUCCCGCCAGGCAUAGCUCUGGUCUCUGCUGACAACCUCGAGGAAUGGUACCUUGACAUCAAGGUGUUGGACCAGAAUCCGCUUUACGCUGGACAAACAUACCGACUGAAAUUCAAAUUCAGCAACAGCUACCCUAUUGAGGCUCCCGAGGUUACUUUCGUCAAGCUGGACAACAGACCGAUACCCAUGCAUCCCCAUAUCUAUUCAAACGGCAUUAUAUGCUUGGACCUUCUUGGAUCUCAGGGUUGGAGUCCGGUCCAGAGCGUUGAGAGCGUCUGCAUGAGCAUUCAGAGCAUGCUGACCGGCAACACCAAGAACGAGCGUCCGCCUGGCGAUGAAGAGUUCGUGCGUGGCAACCGCCAGCGACCGAGAGACAUUGCCUUCUAUUAUCACGAUAAUACUGUAUGAAGGGGGCGGCAAAUCAUUUGCAACACGCACAUUCAGGGGGCGUGCUCGCGAGUUGCAUCACAGGUUGGCUGUGGUUAAGUUUCAAUUUUGCACGCUUUGAAUGAGCAUAAGUCAUCUCCGGCAUCUCCAGGCAUCGGCGUUGAGGAUGGCCAAGGAUCAUUGUUGAACUUUUAGGCCAAGACUUUAUGUGAUUAGCCUUGUCGCAGUGGCGAGUCUGUCCAGAUUUGAAAUAUUGUACGUGGCACACGGCGAUUUCAGGGCGACUCUAGUAACUAUAAUAAUCUUUAUGCUGCACAAGGUAGCUGUUGUGGUUUUACGGAAAGUAGUUAUGGGACCGAAUACCUAACCUACUCAUAGUGGUCCUAAAUACAAGCAUCAAGACAAAUGACGGGUUUUGCGCGGAGGUGAUAUGCUAAAUGAUAAUACAAUGAUCUAAUAGCUAGGUAGUAAUCGCCAGAGAGGCUCGAUUCUAAGCUAACAAUAUGGCUAAUGAGAUGUGGUGAUUCAACAACAUCACAUACAUACUUAGGUAGGUAGACUUACAUCCUGUUUACAUGUAAAGAGCCACCACUCUCCAAC